CCAGCGCGGGGGCUUGCUUCUUUCCACCCCUCCCUCUAUGAAUGACUAAUCCAACAUGUUGUCAGUCUGAUGUGCGGCGGCGAGUACCUGGAGGGCUUUCCUCCCUCCCCCCCCAUCCCCCAGCUUUUUGGGGUUUUCUUUCUUUCUCAAGUCGGGUCCCGGAACCUUCGAGGUUUUUGCUGUUUUUCCCCAAGUUUUCCCGGGGAGGUUCCGACGCGCCACACGUUGGCAGGGAGCGGCAGCGCUUGCAAAAGUCUUCGUUGUUAAAAGGUAAAAGAGCAUUCCAGGGAUGAAGGAGGAGCAACAGCAGGAGGCUGCUGCAGAACCAGCAUCUUCAUCUGAUGCCCAUGGAGACGGACCAAAAGAAGCUCCAGACAUUGCACCAAAUAUUUCUGAUGCGGAUGCUUUGAAAAUCCUGUUGGAGAUGAAGAUGAAAAAGAGGCAGAAGAAGCCCAGCCUUCCAAGCACUGUGACAGAACUUGCCACUGAAGAAGGGUCCAAAGUCUAUGUCGUUGGCACGGCCCACUUCAGCGACAGCAGCAAAAGAGAUGUUGUGAAGACAAUACAAGAGGUACAGCCUGAUGUGGUCGUGGUUGAGCUGUGCCAAUAUAGAGUUUCUAUGUUAAAAAUGGAUGAAAGAACAUUACUGAAAGAAGCCAAAGAAAUCAAUCUGGAGAAACUUCAGCAAGCUAUAAAGCAGAAUGGGCUUAUGUCCGGACUGAUGCAAAUGUUGCUGCUGAAGGUCUCUGCGCAUAUCACAGAACAGCUUGGGAUGGCUCCUGGGGGAGAGUUCAGAGAGGCGUUCAAGGAGGCUAGUCGAGUACCUUUCUGCAAGUUUCAUCUUGGGGACAGACCAAUCCCAGUCACCUUCAAGAGAGCCAUUGCUGCACUUUCCUUCUGGCAAAAAGUCAAGCUUGCCUGGGGCCUCUGCUUCCUCUCUGAAUCAGUGCAGAUUUUUCCCACUCUUUCUUGCAGUAAAGAUGAUGUAGAGAAGUGUAAGCAAAAAGAUUUACUGGAGCAAAUGAUGGCAGAGAUGAUUGGAGAAUUCCCUGAUCUCCAUCGAACGAUUGUUUCUGAAAGAGACAUCUACUUAACCUACAUGCUGAAGCAAGCAGCAAAGGGAACAGAACUACCUCGUGCUUCUGAAGCUGAACCUAGAAGAUGUGUCCCCUCUGUUGUCGUUGGGGUGGUUGGAAUGGGUCAUGUGCCUGGGAUUGAAAAGAACUGGAACACUGACUUGAAUAUCCAAGAAAUAAUGAGUGUGCCUCCUCCAUCAACUGCCAGCAAAAUCCUCAAGUUUGUUAUAAAGGCUACUGUAUUUGGACUAGUGAGUUAUGGCUGUUUUCGGAUGGGACAAAGGACGGUUCAGUUUAUUCUAUCCAUGCCUGUUGCACAGAACUAUCUUCAAAAACUGGCAGAUGUAAAGCCUCAGCAUUGAAUUGGAAACUCUGCAACUGUUGCAGCAACGAGUGUCAACCCGGGCUAGGGGUUCAAAUCACCGAUUUUCUGUCCCAGUGUAUCAUCUGAUGCUGAGUUACAGCAUAACCAAUGGAUUGACAUGAAACACACCACCAGCUGUGACCUAACUGAAUAAGCAUUCAUCCACCAAACUGAAUAAAUGUAUGGCAUAAAGGUUUAUGCCAGUAUAAGGUACCUAAAGUAUGUGCACACAUAUAUGGUUGCAAUUACAUGUAUAUAUCAUAUUUAUAAACAUGAUGAUAUAGUAUGCAGGCAACACUUGAGUUUAGCAUUCUUGGAUACAGUCCACUAGAGACUUCUGUUUUGCAAGCACCAUUGAACUGAAUGGGAUCCCAUCAGUGAGACUUUACUCUUCAUUUCACUGAAGCUUGCACAAGAGAACUGGCUGGUGAAUCGUGUCCAGAGAAACAAUACGCUGGCAGUGUUCCUGUUAGAAAGCACAGUGGCUCAUAAAGCCAAAUGUGUUUUUGGUAUAAGUAACGCCAAGUCAUCCUUUCUGAUGCCAAGCACCCACACGAUAACAUAGAAGGACCUCUUCUUACUGGAAGAUUUUUAUACAUAGUGGCUUUUUUGUAAUUGAAAAAAAAAGACAGAAUAACUGCAGAAGCUUUUGAAAUAUCAGAAAUCUGCUGGCUGUUGUUGAUAAACCUCUGUCUCUUACAAGCCUUAUUAACUUUUUAAAAGAAGUUGCCUUUAGCACUGUGCCCAGGGGAUAGAAUCCAGCAAAGUUAAGCACUUUUCAAUUGUCUAUUUUGAUGGAGAACUGAAACCUUCCAUUCAAGAGUGCUUAACCUUAGCUGCUUCCUUUAAUUUUUAGGACUCCUCUAUGUAUUUGAUUUAUUUAUCUUGACUGAAAGUUUCGGCUGCAGUCCUGUCUCUGUGCUUCUUUUCUUCCUUUUUCUUUCCAGUAGCUGGGUAAUUCUUAAGUUUACAGGGCACAUUAGUCCUCUUGGAUUGGAUCCAUUUGAUUCCUGUUAGUAAACUAAUGCUCCUUGGCAGGAUUUCAGUACUGCACAACUGUCAAGAGACCACCCUUCCCCCUAGCCAGGUGCCCUCAAGAAAUGUUGGCUUAUAAUCACCAUGCUGGCUGAGGAUGAUGGGAGUGGUAACUGCCACAUUUGAAGGAUGACAGUUUGGGGGAGGCUGCUAUAGAGUUUUGACUCUCCUUUUGGGGGAAAUAAAUCUAAAACUGAUCUGAAUGUAGUAUUUCCCUUUCAUUUCUUGGAUGCCAUGUAAGCUCUUUAUCUUGAUUCAACUUGAAUGUAAUGAAAUACUGAUUACAAAAGUAAGAGGAAUGUUACUUUCACAGAGAUCAACCAGUAUUCUUAAACUGUCUGGAGUUUUUUGUGUUUAUGGAUACUUCUCCAAAUAUUCCAGCUUUUUUAGCAUCUACGUUUAAAAAAAGAUCUUACCUGUUUUGUAGAAUUUGUAUGCCGUUAAGAUUGCUUUUGAGUGCCACCCCUACCAAAUGUUGAUUCAUAAAAGUAAUGACUGAAAACAUAUUGCCUGCUACUGUGGCUCUCAUGCAUUUGUCUGUCAACCGCACAGAAAACUGUUUCUCACCCUCCUCUUCCUUUGGGAAUGUGGAGUCUGAACCCUUAGAAACUGAAUAAUGAUAUCAGUACAGUCUACAGCCUUGCACAUGCAGCAGAGCAAAUGGGGGGGGGCAUGUUUUCUGCAAGAAAUUUAAACCAAUAUAGCCUGUCUUCUCAAAUGGCCUUAUAUAUGUUAGUUUAUUUAAAAUUCAGUGAGCAGAAUCCAAGAGGUAAGUAAUUUUAGACCCCACUGGAAAAAUCAGGAGUACACAAACAGUUUACUAUGUAUGAUUGUUCCUGUUUGAGGUUCUUGCUUUUCUAAAGAAAGCAUAAACAUGACAUCACUGAUGAUCAGGCAGUAGCAGUGCUUAAGGGAGCUCUGCCUGAAUGAGAGUUUAUGAUGGAUUCUAUCUAUUGAGAACUAGUGGAAGAACAACAAUGAGGACCCAGUGGACCGUGAUCCCAUCAAUGAGACUUUACUGAAAUUAUAUCUGCAAAAAAACAACAACUGAUCUUGUUAGUUGAUAUUUUUGAGAUUGUUUGCCCUGGAAUUAUAUGUGACCUUUACUAAUCUGUCCGGAAUUAGUGGUUUGAGAUAGAAGUUGUUAGUGCUGUAUGUCAUUUAUGAGAUAUACACAUACUUUCCAUGGCAAACCAGUUUACUCCCUUGACUGAACAAGAUUGAUGGUUUUUAAAUUUAUUUGUGAAAUGAUGGCAAAGGAUGCACAGCUCAGUUUACACAGAUACAGAUCAACUCAAUUAUGCAAGGUGUAGAGGAUGACAUUUCUCGUCUUCAUCUCAUAGUUUUCAGCUGAAGACUGGAAGAAAAAGGAUGCUGAGGCUGAAAGUACAACGUGUAAACAGCUUUUUCAAAUUGAAAAAAUUACAGAAGAAAUUAUCUGUUAAUUAAAUUAAUUUGUCAGAUUCUCUUUUUAUUACACUUCCAAGAGUUUUUUUAAAAUUUCUUAACAGUAAAACUCCUUUAAACCUAGUAUGUCCUUUGAAAAUAACUUGGAUGACAGGACAGAGGGCCUAUCAAACAUACAUCUUAACAAAAUAUAUCACAAACCUGCUGAAUCUAUUUUGUUAUUGUAUUGCCCUUCUCCCCCCCCCCCCCCUUUUGUUGGUUGUGUACUAUGUUUACUUCAAAGUUUUCAUGCUUGGGUAAAUUCUACUGAAGACUAAAAAUAAGUGACAAAUAUGUGAGCCUUAAGUUUUAAGUGGACUAAUGUUAAAUGAGGGAUAUGAGGCACACUUGUGCUCUAUGUAUUUCCACAUGCCAAAAAUAAGAAAGAAAAUAAUAAAAUGGCUACCUGUGCGCAGGGAUUUCAA